UGUCCUCCUUUCAGGCAGGCAGGAAAACAACACUGCUAGCAUAAAAGGGGGAGCAGAGAGAGUUGAGGGUUGUUGUUCUUCCAGAAGCUACUGCUAGACCGAGCUGAGCUGACUGAGGGACUUUUUACUAGACACAGAUCAAGCCUGCGGUGCAGCACCGUGAUGUGGGCGGGACUAAGCCUGCUCCUGGCUCUCUGCCUGCUCCCUGGGGGCGGAACAGAGAGUGAGGGGGAGGGGACCCGCUGUAAGCCGCCACCUGGUUGGAGCAUUGGGGAGGUGGAGCCUAUGAAGGAGGUCAUGGGCCAGGUCACGGUGGUGGCCCUCCUCCAGGCCAGCUGAUUGUUCUGCUUGGUGCAGGCAUCCUUAUUGGAUGGGCUGCGCCUGAAGCUGGAGGGUCAGGGUCUGGAGAAUGUGACCUAUAUGGUGGUGAACCACCAGGGGGAGCAGGCCCAGCGCCUACACACCCUGCUGAGGCAGAAACUGUCUGAGAACAUCACGCUAUACAAACAACAGCCCAAACAGGACGACGUGUGGCAGACCCUGGCUGGAGAGAAGGAUGACUUCCUCGUCUAUGACAGGUGUGGUCGUCUGACCUACCAUAUCUCCCUGCCCUACUCCAUCCUGGGUACUCCCUAUGUAGAGAACGCCAUCAAGAAGACAUACUGCACACGCAUCUGUGGUGACUGCUCGUAUGAGAGCCAGGAGAUCCCAGCAGAGUGCAACAGGACAGUAGAGGCGAAGCCUGAGGGAGAGGAGAAGCCAGUCACCGGAAGGGAGACAACUCAUGGUGGACACGGCCAUCAUCACCAUGGCCACGGUCACAAUGACAACCGCCAUGGUCACAAUGGCAACCGCCAUGGUCACGAUCACCAUGGUGAGAGGGGGAUGGGGCGCGGUCACGGUCGUGAUCAUGGGGCAGAGCGGCAGCAGCAGCACCAACAUGACACUGAGGGGCUCCAACACGGCCAGGCCCAGGGCCAGUUGCACGUUGGUCAGGAGCAUAUGGGUCAGCAGGCGGUGCAACUGGGCCAGAUGCCCCAGGAAGGCCAGCGAGGCCAUAUUAUGCAGAAUCCCUGAGUGAAAGGGAUGUCGAGGUGAAAGGCGGAGCACAGCUGACAGUGGAAGGAGGGGUCUGAUCUAAGUCCCUCAUCCAAGGCCAGCUGAUGCUGACACUGACGGAGGCUGUUUGGCGAUGGGGAGAGCAACGAGCCAAUCGGACUCUGACACUGUGAUGAGGCGCUGCCCGCCUCCUGACAGUGACAGGGACUGAUGGGCCUCAGGGAGACCUGACAGUGACGCUCGUCCCCCGCUGACUGACAGCAGCCUCAGCCAGUCAUGUGAGCCUGACCCCUGGGUGUUGAGAGCUGAGGGUGAGGGCAGCUGUAAGCAGGGCCAUGGCUCUGUGACAGUUACCUUGCUAUACCUUAUAGGCCUCAGAUUAACAUCUGUUAGACAAACACCGGGGCGAAGCGCUCUUAUAACAUCUUACCAACUAGUAUUACCCUGGGAUCGUGAAGCCACACCUGACAGAGAGAGAUGGUAGGACACCCAUUGGGUGUGGUAGGUGAAUGCCAAGCCUAAACCCAUUACGAUAUGGGGAAAAGGAUGGCAUUUGAGAUGUGACCAUAGCGAUGGUAAGACAGCAAGGUAGGUGUCCUCCACCAUCUCUUUCUCUGUCAGUGCGUUGGUGUCACCCUCCCAGGAGUGUGUGGGGUGAUUAUGUUAACGUUUCUCCUGCUCCGUUUUGCUCCCUCCAUCCACAAUGAAGGCAGGCGCAGAAACUACGCUCUAGUGGCAUCUGUCUGACGUCCGGCUGGAGAGAGGGGAAAGGGAGGGACUUAUAAUAUGACCACCCACUAAAGUUCUAAAUAUCGAGAGCUUCGGAAGGAGUAUGUAGUAGUAGUUGCCUAUGCUGAACAAACUGGCAUGAUGGCUGGGAGAGAGAGAUCUGAACCAAAGUUGUUAUACUCAGCGUUAGCAAAACCAAUUUGGUUAAAAUACAUUAUUGAUAGUUCAGAUUUUUUUGUUGUUAGGCCUCAAAAAAUUGGGGGUCUCACUAACAUUUUGUUUUUGCAAUUGAAUUAACUCUCAGGUGUUUUAGAGCAGUAGUGUUUUUCGUAGAUAAAGCUUUCAAAACGUCAGUAUCCAUUGCUUACAGCUGUGAGGACGUGUGUUUAGUUACCGUCACUGAGUUAUUUUAGUUUGGCAAUGUUGCACACAUAUGUAUAAUGCAUUCUUUGUGAACUAGCAAAACAAAAGAGUGAACACUUUUCAACUAGCAAAAUAUCGGGAACACUUUUCAACUAGCAAAAGAAACCAUCUAGAAUGAGAGGUGGGUAAACAGAAAAGAUUGAACGAUUGUUUGAAUCCAUUCUGUACUUAAUGAAGGGCUCUAGGGGAAGACAACUGUCACCUUGAACACCUGAUGCUUUGUACAGAGCACGUUCAUUCUGACUGUCGACUGUUAGGUGGUGUAGCAUGUAAGAAACGGUGAAUAAAGAUGGCUGAUGCACUCAUA